AUGGGUUCGCAACAACGAGACAAACUCAUGAAAAUUAAGACCUUGAAGGUAAUGCCUGGUGCUAUCGUAAAAGCAAGAAAAGACCGAAAAAGAGAUGACGAUGGAACAUUGUUGGAUCGAGAAAAGUCGAAAUUAGAAAGAGAGAAGCAUUAUCACAAUACCAAACAGAUACUUGUCUGGUCAAACGCGACGCCAAUAAGAAAGCAUAACGAUGACGGUUACGUGUGUUGUUUCUGUCCAGAAAACUGCGCUGAGCCAGCUGUAUUAAAACGGCAUACAUUAGAGAAACACGCCGAUUACAACAUGAAAUCCGCCAGUUUUAUGACAAAAACUAACAUCAACUCUUACUACGUUAAAAUGGACAUAACUGGUCUUAGUUGCAAGAUUUGUUACUCCAGUAUGGACAAUCUUGAAUCUCUGAUUGAACACCUGAGAAAAGUGCACCACAAGAAAAUAUAUACGGAUAUCAACAACAGAAUCUUGCCAUUUAAAUUUAACACUUCAACGCUUACCUGUUUUCAGUGCUCAAGCACAUUUGGUAAAUUCAAAGCGUUGUUGGAACACAUGAACACUCACUACAAGAAUUUCGUCUGUGAAAUUUGUGAAGCUGGCUUUGUAACACGAACCAUGGCCGUAGCGCAUACCAAUAUACAUAAAAUUGGUACUUUCAAAUGUGGGUAUUGUCCCAAAGUAUAUGACACUGCAGUCAAGAAAAUCAACCACGAACGAUGUAAUCAUACAAGAGUCGAGAAACAGAACAAAUGCGGUUUAUGUACCAGUACCUUUAAAUAUUAUCAUCAAAAACAAAAUCACUUGUUAACUGUUCAUGGCGUUAGUUCAAACGUGAAAUGCCAGGCUUGUGAUAGAAGCUUUGCGGAUCAGAGAAAACUUCGUGUACAUGUUAGGAAGCAUCAUUUAAUGGAACGCCAGUACAAUUGUGACUUCUGUGAAAGAAAGUUUUUCUCCAAAAGUGAACUGAAUGAUCACAAAGUAAAGCAUACCGGGUCUAAAGAGUUUCAAUGUGAUAAAUGUAAUAAGUCUUAUGGUGCAGCGACAGUUGAAGAGCUGUUGAAUAGAAUGAAUCCAGACGUUCACGUACAAAAAGUCAUCAAAAUCGAAAAGGUUGAAACUGUGAAAGAAGAAUCGCAAAUUCAGCACACCGUAAUCGUACCUAAAGCUAUUAAGGUACAGAAAGCAUCAAUGCAGAGACCGAUUAAGAUUAAAAACUUUGGGCUGAUCAAACAAGAACCGUCAUCACCCAAAAAGAAAGACUCGUCAAAGAAAUUAAAGAUACUCCUGAUAAAACCGCAACCUGAAAGAAAAAUUAAACUAGUCGCUAAAAAAAUAACGUCCGGAAAUAGUAAUGCGAAUGAUAAAUCGUUAUUACAAGAGCACAAAAAUUUGAUUCAAGAAUUGACCAAAUAUUCCAACGCUACUCUGAUAAAGAACGUAUUUGACAAUGGAUACCAUUGUUUCUACUGUGACAGUUGCAAGUUGACACCGGCUGAGCUUAAGCGUCAUACAAUUGAAGAACACGGCGAUGCAACAUUGACUUGUUUUACCAAACGCGAUAGUGUCGCAAAAUUAAGAGUGAAACUUGACAUAACAGACUUAAAAUGCAAGAUGUGUUUCCAAGACAUUGAAACAUUGGAAGAAUUAAAAGAACAUCUCGUUAAUGUCCAUAAACGACCAGUAAAUUUGGAAUUAAAAAAUCAAAUUGUACCAAUGAAAUUUGACGAUGGAGAUUUGAAAUGCUGCAUAUGUGGAAAUUUCGUUUAUUUUAUGAGUGGAUUAUUGAAACAUAUGCACACGCACUAUCCUCACUAUGAAUGCACAGCACCAGGUUGCAACUCAGCGUUUAUGAAUCAAGGCUGUCUUAAUAACCACAUAAGACAUUUGCACACGGCGUCCAAUCUAAAAUGCAACUUCUGCCCGGAAAUAUUUGACAGAGAAGUGUUGAGAAAAACGCACGAAAAAUACAAGCACGGAGCUAAAGUUAUGAUGAGCAAGUGCCACAUUUGUGGGAUGAAAUUCAGCGAUUUCUCGAUUAAGCAGAAACACGUGUCUGAUGUUCAUGACGGGCGAAGAGAAUACAAGUGUAAUGCUUGCGAUAGUGUCUUGUGCUCGGUGGCUGGUCUCAGGAGACAUGUAAAUCGAGUACACUUGAUGGAACGUCGCUUCCCUUGUGAUCUUUGCGACAAAGCGUUCUUUGCUAAAGCUCAGUUGGACAACCACAUAAUUUGUCACACGGGCGAAAGGAACUUCAAAUGCGACUUCUGCAACAAGAAAUUUAGUCGAAAAAAGACUCUUAAAGAACAUAUUAGGAUACAUUUAAACGAUCGCAGAUUCAAGUGUCUUCAGCGCAUAUUCUUCAAAACUGAGGACGAGCUUGAAUAUGAAAAGCCUAAAGUUCAGGCAAAAGGAGAGGUCCUUGAGCGGCACCGAGUUACUGUGAGAGAAAUCCUUCUUUGUACUAAUGCAACCCCUAUCAGAAGCCGCGGCGGAAUUGGUUAUAGCUGUUGCUUUUGUGCCGACCAAUACCCUGAUGCCGCUGACUUAAAAAAGCACACAAUCGAAGGCCAUGACGAGACUGUCAAAGCCAGCUUUAUGAAAGGACUAGAUCUGUCUAAAUUCUAUGUCAAAAUGGAUAUAACAGAGCUGCAAUGCAAUUUAUGCGGAAGUUUAAUCGAAAGGGCCAAUGGCGAAGUCGAAGUUAAACUCAAGAAAGACUUAAACUUCUCAACAUUCAUAGCUAUAAAACCUACGGCAGUCAAAAGAAAACGGAAACACGCUUUUGAGAGGGAAAGAAUAUCCGAACUGGACUUACAGAUGGACAAUUUAAAGACCAUAUUGCGUUGUUCCAACGCUACACCAAUAAGGUCUUUUAAGUCGUCGAAAUUUGUUUGCUGCUACUGCCACGACGAGUUCCCCGACCCUAUAUACCUGAAACGUCACAACAUUAAAUCGCACGUUUUCGACCAAGAGCGACCUGAUGUAUUGAAUAUACGUUCGCUAUCUCGGUAUAUUGUUUAUCUCGAUAUCACAGACUUGAAAUGCAAAAUUUGCGAUGAGGAAAUUGACAAUUUAAAACUUCUUACUAAACAUAUAACAAAAGAGCAUAACGAAUUCAUAAAUCAAGGUUUGAAUAAUCACAUUUUGUGCUUUAAAUUCGAUAUCGCCGAUGUGUACAAGUGUGUUGAAUGUAAUUACAUUAUUAACGAUUUCACAAAGCUGCAAUUACAUAUGAAUAAGCAUUAUAAGAAUUAUUUGUGCGAGUUUUGCGAUGAAGGUUUUAUAAACAGGAACAUGAUGGUGGACCAUAAGCAGGAGGUUCAUAACAUGCAGCAAAAAGUCAAGUAUCGUGUUAAAUUCGUUGCUAAGAAACAGAAGAAAAUUCAUUAA